AUGAACCGCCUGUGGAACAUCCGGCGCACACAGCCUGCCCAGCCCCAACUGAAAUGGGUCCCCAUCCAGGGCGAGCUGCAGAAGACCCUGCAGAGGGGAGAGUACCUACCCCUCCGCCCACUGCCCAUGUUCGAGAGUAACUUUGUCCAGGUGACAAAUAGCGGGGGCCCCGUGUUCCUGCACCACAGAGCCAACAAACUGACCAUGGGUGUGGCGGCCUCCCUGCCUGGCCUGGUGCUCCCCGACACCCUGCUGAUUGCCCGGCCCCCAGAGGGCCAGGACCGCUCCAGCCUGCUGCUGUCCAGGGUGAUCCCGCUGAACCUCGUCCACCUCUACGUCCAUGACAUGCACAGCUGGCGCCUGAAGCUGCGCCUGGUCACCGGCCGCUACUAUUACCUGGAGCUGGACGCCCCUGACCAUGAGGCAGGCUUCCUGUUCGACCGCUGGAUCUACCUCAUCAACCUACUUCGGGAGCCGGCUACCACCUGGGCCCCCAGGACCCCAUACAUUCCAUCCUUGGAUCAUCCCCUGGACACAGCACCUGCCUCCACCUGGCGCCUGCAGGUGGGACCCCAACACCACAGAUCUCAGGGGGAGGUCGAGGUGUGUGUGCCCACCUUUCCUUAUAAGAUGUCAGCUGCUCAGAAGCAAAAGAAGGCCAAGGCCCUCAAGCGCAACUUCAAGUCCCAGGCUGUGGGGGACUCCAUGCCUGCUGUAUGGCCGAGGCUGGCGCAUGCUGACACAAGGAAGAAAGCCACGGGAAAGCAGUCAUACCCAGAGGCCAGAUCCGACAGGAAUAUCACCCGGAUCCAACUUCCGGACAAGACCAGUAUCACCAUCCGCACCAUCUUCAGCAUCAUUUCCAAUACCAUCAACCAGUCACAGUCUUCCUUGAAGGCUUGCAUAUCUGACUCAGAGGGAGCCCCAGGCCCAGGAGGCUUGAUUGAGAACCCUCUACACUGUAUCUCCAGCAAGAGGCCUGACCUUCCCCUCAUGGACUCCUGUGACCAACUGGACAUGCUCCUCUGGCAUCAGGACUUUGAAGACCUCUUGGACCCUGAGUCCAGCACUCUGACCUCCUCUUCCCUAGGCCAUUAUCCCCACUCUCCUGCCCUCCGUAUAUUUCCACCCCACUCCCCUCCCCUCAGAUUUAGCAAAAAGGCUACACCUAAAGACACUCAGUGCCAGGGACCUCCACCCACCAAGAAGGCUCCAUCGGCCUCUGGGGCUCCCUUCACCAAGGAGCAGCCCCACAAGGUGGUGGUUGUGCCCCAGUCAUCCAAGAAGGCCCUGCCCCCUCACGCUCCAUUCCAGAAGGCCCCGGCUGUAGCUGGGCCACCCCAGAAGGCCCCACCUGGAUCAGUUGUUCCCCAGAAAACCCCAGCCCUAGUAUACCCCUCUUCAAAGGCCUCUGCUGCCCCUGCCCUGCCCCAGAAGGCCCCACCACUACCUCAGAAGGUGCCACAUGCCCCUGCUAUGCCCCAGAAAGCCCAACCACUACCUCAGAAGGUGCCACAUGCCCCUGCUAUGCCCCAGAAGCCCCUGUCAUCACCUGCCCCCAAGAAGAAACCUCUGGUCCACUCUGCCCCAUCACAGAAAGCUCCAGACUCACCUCCACCACAGGACCAGGCCCCUGCAGGUGUGGAGGCACUGCCAGCAGUCGUUCCCACAGGCAACAAGCUGGAGAAAGGCCAGUCUAAAGGGAAACCUGAACAAGUGGUGAUUUGGGGUGACCAGGGGACGAAGGUGGUGGAGGCGAGGACCACCACAAAGUCCCUGGAGUUGCCCCACGCCACAGCCAAAAAGGAGUCCAAGGAGCUCCUGAUUAGCAAGACGCGGGAGUUGGCCCUGGACAACCUGGAAGGCAGGCAGAAGCUGGAGAACAUGGUCCACAAGAUGAAGGAGGAGGUGUUGCUGGACCUGCCCCACCUGAGGUCCAAGGAGGUGGAGCAGAGACAGAGAUGGGUCAAGACCCAGGAGGUGGUCUUCAAGGGACCCCUCCAGGAGCACAGUAGGCCCUUCUCUAUGGAGGGGAUUACCCUCGCCAAGCUGAUCAUCACAGCCAGCUCCAAAGAGGAGCACCCGAAGCCAGCCAAAGUCACACUGUCCUCCUGGCUCUCAAUGGACUCCCAGAAGUUCCCUAUGCCUGCAGCUGACCGGCCCUUUGGUCCCAGCCAGCUGUCUCUGGUGGAGUCGUCAGUGGUGGCUGAGGACCAGUCUCCCACAUGGGAGGAGAACUCCCAGUGGGAGGACAGCCAGCCACUCAGGGACCCAGUGGGACCUUCCAGAGGGCCAGCCAGCAACCCGCCUGUAUCUGACAACACACAGGUAGUCACAAGCAUCUCCAACACUUUAAAUAGAAGGUUGCCACUGUCCUCAGUCAGCAAAAAUGUCCGGAGGAGCCCAGCAGGGCCAGGUAUCCCCAAGGACCCCGGAGACCUGCCUUAG